UUUGCAUCACAUUUACAUCCAGCCCUGGGCCUUGGAGGUUGAGGAUGGUCCCUUGGGUCCCAAGACAAGCUGCCCCUCAGAGGCUCUCAGAGCCCAGGGAACGGGGGGGGGGGGGGGGGGUGGAGCCCUUUGCACAGCCGUGCAGUGCAGCUGGGGCAGGAAGCGAGAGUGGGGAGGGGGGAGGCCACAGCCCGCGGAGGCAAGGCGGGUGCAGGGCUUCUGGGGACAGAGGGAGGUGCCAGAACUUGAGCCCUGAGGCCCUGCUGGCCCCUGGGCGCAGGCUCAGCUCCGGCCCCCAGGGAUGGACCUCGUGGAUCCUGACAUUUUCAAUAGAGACCCCCGGGACCACUACGACCUGCUGCAGCGACUGGGUGGCGGCACAUAUGGGGAAGUCUUUAAGGCUCGAGACAAGGCGUCAGGGGACCUGGUGGCACUGAAGAUGGUGAAGAUGGAGCCUGAUGAUGAUGUCUCCACCCUUCAGAAGGAAAUCCUCAUAUUGAAAACUUGCCGGCACGCCAACAUCGUGGCCUACCAUGGGAGUUAUCUCUGGUUGCAGAAACUCUGGAUCUGCAUGGAAUUCUGUGGGGCUGGUUCUCUCCAGGACAUCUACCAAGUGACAGGCUCCCUGUCAGAGCUCCAGAUUAGCUAUGUCUGCCGGGAAGUGCUCCAGGGACUGGCCUAUCUGCACUCACAGAAGAAGAUACACCGAGACAUCAAGGGAGCUAACAUCCUCGUCAAUGAUGCUGGGGAGGUCAGAUUGGCUGACUUUGGCAUCUCGGCCCAGAUCGGGGCAACGCUGGCCAGACGCCUCUCUUUCAUUGGGACACCCUACUGGAUGGCUCCAGAAGUGGCAGCCGUGGCCCUGAAGGGAGGAUACAAUGAGCUGUGUGACAUUUGGUCCCUGGGCAUCACGGCCAUCGAACUGGCCGAGCUACAGCCACCGCUCUUCGAUGUGCACCCUCUCAGAGUUCUCUUCCUCAUGACCAAGAGUGGCUACCAGCCUCCCCGACUGAAGGAAAAAGGCAAAUGGUCCGCUGCCUUCCACAACUUCAUCAAAGUCACCCUGACUAAGAGCCCCAAGAAACGACCCAGCGCCACCAAGAUGCUCAGUCAUCAACUGGUAUCCCAGCCUGGGCUGAAUCGAGGCCUGAUCCUAGAUCUUCUUGACAAACUGAAGAAUCCUGGGAAAGGACCCUCCAUUGGGGACAUUGAGGAUGAGGAGCCCGAGCUACCCCCUGCUAUCCCUCGGCGGAUCAGAUCCACCCACCGCUCCAGCUCUCUGGGGAUCCCAGAUGCAGACUGCUGUCGGCGGCACAUGGAGUUCAGGAAGCUCCGAGGAAUGGAGACCAGACCCCCAGCCAACACCGCUCGCCUACAGCCCCCCCGAGACCUCAGGAGCAGCAGCCCCAGGGAGCAACAGUCAGAGUCGUCCGACGAUGACUAUGACGACGUGGACAUCCCCACCCCUGCAGAGGACACACCUCCUCCACUUCCCCCCAAGCCCAAGUUCCGUUCUCCAUCAGACGAGGGUCCUGGGGGUAUGGGGGAUGAUGGGCAGCUGAGCCCGGGGGUGCUGGUCCGGUGUGCCAGUGGGCCCCCACCACACAGCCCCCGUCCUGGGCCUCCCCCAUCCACCAGCAGCCCCCAUCUCACCGCCCAUUCAGAACCCUCACUCUGGAACCCACCCUCCCGGGAGCUCGACAAGCCCCCACUCCUGCCCCCCAAGAAGGAAAAGAUGAAGAAAAAGGGAUGCGCCCUUCUGGUAAAGUUGUUCAAUGGCUGCCCCCUCCGGAUCCACAGCACAGCCGCCUGGACACAUCCCUCCACCAAGGACCAGCACCUGCUCCUGGGGGCAGAGGAAGGCAUCUUCAUCCUGAACCGGAAUGACCAGGAGGCCACCCUGGAGAUGCUCUUUCCUAGCCGGACUACGUGGGUGUACUCCAUCAACAAUGUUCUCAUGUCUCUCUCAGGAAAGACCCCCCACCUGUAUUCUCAUAGCAUCCUGGGCCUGCUGGAACGGAAAGAGACCAGAGCAGGAAACCCCAUCGCUCACAUUAGCCCCCACCGCCUACUGGCAAGGAAGAACAUGGUUUCCACCAAGAUCCAGGACACCAAAGGCUGCCGGGCGUGCUGUGUGGCGGAGGGUGCAAGCUCUGGGGGCCCGUUCCUGUGCGGGGCAUUGGAGACGUCCGUUGUCCUGCUUCAGUGGUACCAGCCCAUGAACAAAUUCCUGCUCGUCCGGCAGGUGCUGUUCCCACUGCCGACGCCUCUGUCCGUGUUCGCGCUGCUGACCGGGCCAGGCUCUGAGCUGCCCGCUGUGUGCAUCGGCGUGAGCCCCGGGCGGCCGGGGAAGUCGGUGCUUUUCCACACGGUGCGCUUUGGCGCGCUCUCCUGCUGGCUGGGCGAGAUGAGCACCGAGCAUAAGGGACCAGUGCAGGUGACCCAGGUAGAGGAGGAUAUGGUGAUGGUGUUGAUGGACGGCUCUUUGAAGCUGGUGACCCCGGAGGGGUCCCCAGUUCGGGGACUUCGCACACCUGAGAUCCCCAUGACCGAAGCGGUGGAGGCUGUGGCUAUGGUUGGAGGUCAGCUUCAGGCCUUCUGGAAGCAUGGAGUGCAGGUGUGGGCUCUAGGCUCGGAUCAGCUGCUACAGGAGCUGAGAGACCCUACCCUCACUUUCCGUCUGCUUGGCUCCCCCAGGCCUGUAGUGGUGGAGACACGCCCAGCAGAUGAUCCUACUGCUCCCAGCAACCUCUACAUCCAGGAAUGAGUCCCUAGGGGGGUGUUAGGAACUAGUCCUUGCACCCCCCUCCCCCAUAGACACACUAGUGGUCAUGGCAUGUCCUCAUCUCCCAAUAAACGUGACUUCUGCCUCUGC